UGUGUAGGGCUGUAUUGAGGAGAGCUGCAGAGGGGAUGUACUCGGUGCCCUGGCUCUGUGGUGUCCAUGUUGCUUUGGGAGCCUCAGGCCUGCUCCCAUACAUCCCACUCUGGGUCUGUUGAUCCUAUUGUCUCCUCCGUCACCACGCAUCGCCCGGCGAAUAAAGGCUGUCUGGCUCCAAGCUUAAAUAUUGCAGCAAACUAAAAACCAACCAUCAGAGCCGAUUCAUUCACAUCUGCUCAGUGGGGCAACAAGGACAGGGCUUUAGGUGGGAAAGAGGGCAGAAGUCUACUUUUCCCCGCCGGGUGCCAAGAGAACAGGACAGGACACUACAACUUCGCCGGAGCCGCAUCUGUGCGCUACGGACCGAUUAUGGGUGACUGGAGCUUUCUGGGUAAUAUUUUAGAGGAAGUGAAUGAGCACUCAACAGUGAUCGGCCGGGUGUGGCUCACGGUCCUCUUCAUCUUCCGCAUCCUCAUCCUGGGUACGGCGGCAGAGUUUGUGUGGGGCGACGAGCAGUCAGACUACGUCUGCAACACGCAGCAGCCCGGUUGCGAGAAUGUGUGUUACGAUGAGGCGUUCCCCAUCUCCCACAUCCGCCUGUGGGUUCUGCAGAUCAUCUUUGUUUCCACGCCAUCUCUGGUCUACGUGGGCCAUGCCGUGCACCACGUCCACAUGGAGGAGAAACGCAAGGAGCGCGAGGAGGCCGAGCUGAGUCGCCAACAGGAGCUGAGUGAGGAGCGGCUGCCACUAGCGCCUGACCAGGGCAGCGUGCGCACCACCAAGGAGACCAGCACCAAGGGCAGCAAGAAGUUCAGGCUGGAGGGCACCCUGCUGAGGACCUACAUCUGCCACAUCAUCUUCAAGACGCUGUUCGAAGUGGGUUUCGUAGUGGGCCAGUACUUUCUGUACGGCUUCCGCAUCCUGCCGCUGUACAAGUGCAGCCGCUGGCCCUGCCCCAACACCGUAGACUGCUUCGUGUCCCGGCCAACAGAGAAGACAGUCUUCAUCAUUUUCAUGUUGGCCGUGGCUUGCGUCUCGCUCUUCCUCAACUUUGUGGAGAUCAGCCAUCUGGGCUUGAAGAAGAUCCGCUUCGUCUUCUGGAAGCCAACCCCGGGGCAAGCCCAGGGUGAAGGCCUGAGCCCCAUGCCCCCCCCAGGGGGAAUCCUCAAGAGCCUGCCUCCCCUGGCCGUGCCUUCCAUCCAGAGGGCCAAAGGCUACAGGCUGCUGGAGGAGGAGAAAGCCCCGUCCGUGACCCACCUCUAUCCUCUGGCAGAGACGUGCAUGGAGGCAGGGAGGUUAACCCCCCUGGCCCCACCCUUCCAGUGCAUGGAGGAGAAGGCGGAAGAACUGAGGCACACGGAGGACAUUUCUAAGGUGUACAAUGAGACCCUGCCCUCCUAUGCCCAGACCACCGAGAUAGGGGAGGACACACUACCACUACACCAAGAGGAGGAGGAGCAGGAGCAGCAGGAGGUGGUGGAGGAGGACAAAGAAGAGGAGGAAGUAGUGGAUGAGGUAGUGGAGCAGGAUGUGGUGGAUGGAGUGGUGGUGGUGGAGGUGGUGGAGGAGAAGGAUGUGGUGGAUGGUGUGGUGGAAAGGGAGGAAGAGAAAGAAGAAGAGCAGAGGGAGGAGGAUGAAGGGGAGAGGGAGAAGGAGGUGGUGGAGGAGGUUGUGGUGGAGGAUGUGGUGGAGGAGGAUGUGGUGGAUGGUGUGGUGGAAAGGGAGGAAGAGAAAGAAGAAGAGCAGAGGGAGGAGGAUGAAGAGGAGAGGGAGAAGGAGGUGGUGGAGGAGGUUGUGGUGGAAGAGGGUGUGGUGGAGGAGGUUGUGGUGGAAGAGGAUGUGGAGCAGGAUGAUGCGGUGAAGGAAGUUGUGGUGGUGGAGGAGGCGGUGGUGGUGGACGGGGAAGGGGGACCUCCAACCGAGGCGGAGAUGGAGGUGACGGAUACGAUAGAAGACACCAGACCACUGAGCAGAUUGAGCAAAGCCAGCAGCAGGGCCAGGUCAGACGAUCUCACCGUAUGAACCUGUGAGAGAAAACACGCGCACAUAC